AUGGUUUGUCUUUACAUUAAAUUUAUUUUUAAAAAAUAUUUUUUAUGUGUUCGAUAUCUUCAACCUUAUUGGGACUUAUUUAACGGUUUUGCCAAACAACGGUGGAUUGGUCGUGAAAUUUGUGAAGUUUUCCAAAAAGAAUUUAUUGGUUAUCAUCCUCUAUAUGCUAUAGCAGCGAUUAGAAAAGGACGUUUAUUUAUUAAUGGAAUUCAAAUGACUAAUCCACAAUAUAGGAUUAGAAAUAAUGACAAAUUUAAUCAUCUAGUCCACCGGCAUGAAAAUGAAAUUCCAGACCUUCCGAUAAAAAUUAUUGCUGAAACAGACGAUUUUCUUGUUGUCAACAAACCUGCAGGAUUGCCAGUCCAUCCAUGUGGCAACUACCGAUUUAAUUCAGUGAAAGUUUUAUUGGAAAAUGAAUAUGGGAGAGCUGUGAAUGAAUUGAGAACAUUAUAUAGACUUGACAGACAAACAACUGGAGUAUUAAUGUUUGCUAAAAAUUAUGAAACUGAUUUUAAGUUUAAAAAUGACGUCCUUAAAAGAGCAGUUUCAAAGAUUUAUUUAGCUAAAGUUGAUGGAAUCUUUCCAAAUGAAGAAGUUAUUUGCGAUCAACCAAUUUCUAUUUUAUCAAAAGCAACUGGCAUACGCCGUGUUGAUUCUGAUGGACAAGAUUGUUUAAGUCGAUUUAGGUUGCUUUAUGCAAAUAAACAAGAAAAUACUUCAAUUAUUCGAUGCCAAAUUGAGACGGGAAGAACACACCAAAUAAGAGUGCAUCUCCAAUAUUUGGGAUUUCCAAUUUGCAACGACACGAUUUACAAUAAUUUUGUUUGGGGUCCAUUAAAGGGUAAAGGAGGUGAUUAUGGGGGAAAGUCUAUUGAACAGUUAAGGAAUGAUGUUAUUAAACAACACGAUAAAAAAUCUUGGAUAUCUGAAUUAGAUCCAGAUUAUGCUCAAAGACUUAAACAAAUUGGGGAAAAUGAUUUGUAUGAACAUGACCAAUUAGAUUUGUUAAAUCUUAAAUUUGACGAGUUGCCCAGUUAUGAUCCUAUUUGUUGGAAUUGUGCAACAUAUCAAAAAAGGCCUUUUCCUGACGAUCAUUGGUUUAUGCCUUUACAUUGUUGGCGGUAUUCUGGAGAUGGAUGGUCAUUUGAAUCACCCCUCCCUGAAUGGGCUAUUCAACAUUCUGAUCUAAUUCAAAAUAAUAUACAGGAAAAUAAAAAGGAAAUACAAAAAAUAACUGCCUAAAUUGUUUUGAAAUUUUUAACUUGUUUAUUGUAUAGGUUUAUUAAUGUAUGUUAUUAAAAUCUUUUAAAUUUGUAUUUCUAGUCGUGUAAAAUCCGUUCUUGAAUUUCUAAAAUAUUGUGUCAGAAUUAACAGAAAUUGAUUGGAAUAAGACAAUUAUCCUAGACCGUUUUUAGCGGACAAAUUUCUGAAUACUUUUUUACCGGGCUUUUAGUACACCUUUUCCACCUGUUUUUACCUCCCUGAUCUUUAGUUGGCGAAUACGCAAAUGAAAAAAAAUUUUCCGCAGCCGCAAUUUUAAUUUUAAAACC